AUGUUUUUAGUGGGUUUGACAGGUGGAAUUGCUACUGUAGUAGAUGCUGAUGUUAUAGCAAGAGAAGUAGUCAAAAAUGGUACAUCAGUUCAUAGAAAAUUAAGAGAAACAUUUGAUGCAUCUUUUUUUGACUCUGAAACUGGUGAAUUAAAUAGAGAAAAGAUGGCGGAACAUAUCUUCAGAGACAGUGGAACAAGAAAACUCCUUAAUUCUAUAACACAUCCGUCAAUUAGAAAAAAAAUUAUCUGGGAAAUUAUUAAAGCAUUUUUUAAGGGUCAUCAAUUUUUAAUACUUGAUAUUCCUUUACUUUUUGAAAGUGGAAUGGCAAGAUUUGUUCAAAAAAUUGUUGUAGUAUCUUGUGAUAGUGAAAUUCAAGCAAAUAGAUUAAUGAAAAGAGACAAUAUUACAAGAAUUGAAGCUACAAACAAAAUAAAUGCUCAAAUGCCACUUAAAUUAAAAAAGGAACGUGCUAACUUUAUCAUUGAUAAUAAUGGUGACAUUGAAGAAACAUUUGAAAUGGUAGAUGAAUUAAUUUCAAGAUUACGUCAAUCUUGGCUUGGUUUAUUUAUUAAAUUAAUUGUAGGGAUAAUUUUCAUGUUUAUAAUAUAUUGUAUUAUUGAGAUUUGA